ACAUGUGGCAGUGAAGUCGUAAGAACCUGACCAUGGGUGACUGGAACCUGCUGGGCAGCAUCCUAGAGGAGGUCCACAUUCACUCCACCAUCGUGGGCAAGAUAUGGCUCACCAUACUCUUCAUCUUCCGCAUGCUGAUCCUGGGAGCCGCCGCUGAGGACGUGUGGGACGAUGAGCAGUCCGAGUUUGUCUGCAACACCGACCAGCCGGGCUGCAAAGCAGUCUGCUACGACCGUGCCUUCCCCAUCUCCCUCAUUCGCUUCUGGGUCCUGCAGGUCAUCUUUGUGUCUGCACCUUCGCUGGUCUACAUGGGCCACGCCCUCUACUGCAUCCGAACUCUGGAGAAAGAACGCCACCGCAGACGAGCCCAGUUGAGGGAGGAGCUGGACGAAGCUGAAUUGGCAUUGGAUGACCAUAAGCGCAUGGAGAGGGAGCUGAGGAGGUUAGAUGAGCAAAGGAAGGUGAAGAGGGCUCCUCUCAGAGGUUCUCUCCUGAGAACCUACAUCAUCCAUAUCCUUUCACGCUCUAUGCUGGAGGUCUGCUUCAUCCUGGGCCAGUAUGUCAUAUAUGGCUUCCAACUGGAGCCGCUCUAUAAGUGCGAGAGGCUGCCUUGCCCCAACAGUGUGGACUGUUACAUCUCCAGGCCCACAGAGAAGACCAUUUUCAUGGUCUUCAUGAUAGCAAUUGCCAGUGUGUCUCUUUUUCUUAACAUUUUGGAAAUAUCUCACUUGGGCUUCAGAAAAAUCAAGCAGGUUCUGUAUGAAGAGAAGUACGCAGAAGACGACAGUUUGACUUUCAAGUCCAAGAAGAUGGCAUCCAUACCACAUCUUUGUGUCGUGAGCAACUUAUCACCUCACAACGGGCCUUUGACUCAGACCUUCAAAGUGAUUCCAGAGGUGGAUAUGAAGCCUCCUAAUUACAGCAGCGGGUUCAAAGUCAACCAGGAUGCACAGAGGCACAACAGCUUGGCUCACAUGGGACACAGUCUGACCGGCUAUAUCUGCCCACAACCCAGGUUGCCGCCCAGGUUUGCCCAGAACUGUAUGAUGCAAGCCACUCAGGCCCAUGAAGGUCCAGAGAGCCACACAGCCAUGAUGGACCACCAUUCCCCCUGGACCUUAGCUAUGUCCAACGCAGAUGGAAGUGCAACACGCAACCCGGAGGACAUCACUGAGGGAGAGCACACUCGGUCCAGCCUGAUUUCUCACAGCACCUUCAGACCCAGCACUAUCAGAGACCAUGAUGAGGACAAGCGUAGAGAAUCAGUCGGGAGUUUGAGUCAUGAGGUCCUGAUCCCCAGCCACAGAAAGACCAGCUUCAUGAUCAGACCUCCCUCUGAGAGCUUGUCCUCUAUCGGUGACUCCAUGAGCCUGUCCUUACAUUCCUCAGAGGAGUCAGAUGAACUGGGUUCGCUGCAGGGAGACAUGGCUAUGAUGCCGCCUGCUGGAGGCCGCAGAAUGUCCAUGAGUAUGUUUCUGGAUAUCUCGUCUAUCAUGAAGAAGUGA